CAAACAGUGAACUUUUGCCUGUUGGUAGCAGUUUGGCACUUGCCCCUUCCUGCCUUCCAUUACCACCAAAAUAUAAGGAGAAUCUUGUUGUCUUUAAAUUUUGAAUUAGUGUUUAGAGAAGGGAAUACUAAGGAAAUUAAAUAUGACCGAAGUUGUGGCAGGUUUUCUUGCUCCAUGCCAACAGAAUUAUUUUGUGUGUAGAGUUGAAAAUUUUAGCAAAGGAAAAUGGCAAGUCAAGCUGAAGAAACCAGAACUGCAAUGCCAUGCAAAUUUCAAGUCAAAGUCACAGAAAUAUUUGGUCAGGAAUGAGUUAACGGUAAAGCCUGCUACUUACUCUGCAAGAAUUUCCACUGAUAUUCCUCUUUAUGAGACUCCUGGGGCUUUGUUUGAUCAGUAUUUGGAGGAUAAGCCCAGAAUUUUCAAUGCAAUGUUUCCUGACAAACAUAGAAGCCAACAGCUUAAUCAGGAUGAAUGGAGAAUCAAGAUGUUGCCCCUGCAGUUAUUGAUUCUAACUGUCUGGCCUGUAGUAGACUUGAGGUUGAGAUGCAAAUCAAGAGGUAGAGAUUACCCACCGGAAGUUCCUCGUGAUAUCACAAAAGUUCUUGAGCUUGACAUUACAAGAUGGGAACUCCAAGGGCUAAAUAAUGGUGUUGAUCAAUCCCAUUUCGCACUGAUUGUGAAAGGAACAUUAUACCCUGAUAGAAGAGGGAACAAAUGCCGGCUUGGGGGUCAUUUAGAGAUGAACAUAAGCUUUGUUCUUCCUCCUGCGCUCGCUUUGAUUCCUGAAAAUGUUCGCAACAGCCUUGGAAAAGGGAUAAUGACAAAGAUGGUUGAGAGCAUGAAGCAGAAGGUUGGCAGUAGCUUGCUUGCAGAUUAUAGCAAAUUCAAGAGGGAGAGAUCUGAUAAACGUGUAUAGCUAAACACUGUUACCAUUUUAAGAUAACAACCCUGUGCCUGCUGGAUAGAAAAAUAAGAAGCCAGCCUGAGAAUAUUAGCACCACUGUUUAUUUAGGUUUACUGAUCUAAUAAUCUUGGAACCUCUGAAAGCUUGCCAAAGUUCUUUUGAUUGUAUGGAUAUUGAUAUUGCAAAGUUGAGAACAAUGAAAGUUGUAGCAGUGAAAUC